GUGCAUGCGUAGGUCCGUGCGUGUGUGUCAACUAGUUGUUAGCUAACGCUAGCUAUACAGUUAGCUAGCUUGUUGAAACAUUUUAACAUAGGCUCCGUUUACACCAAGAAACGUCCGUCAUGAGAGAGGACCUCCGCCCCCGCUGCAUGUCUGUCAACCUUUAAUACCAAAGAGGAUGGGGGGCCCUCAUGAAGAAAUGACAAGUUAGCCAACGCAAGCAAAAAGUAAGCUACAGUUUUUGGACAGGCUCGCUAGCAUCCUGAGAAGGAAAGCUCUGAGAUUUUGCAAGGACUGGAUGCGGAAGGAGGAUAUGAGCCAAGCUGGACAACUCAUGCUAAUUAUGAAUGUUUUUUCAUACAUUCAGUGGGUUUCCAAUGUGCCAAAAAGUCCCUCACCCGAUUACCCAGCAAGGCUAGAGGGUGGCAGCGUUGGUGCAGGGAGAGAAGACAUACUGGCUCAAGAAUAUGCAAGGACUCUUGACCUCAACUGAAGUGUACAUAUCCAAGACACAGAACUGUUGUCCUUGAUGAAACAGUCUCUGUUAACCUGCCAUUCCCAAUGGAAGUGCCAUCUUAGACACAGGAUACUGUGGCUCGAACUGUUGGGACCGUUUUUUUUUAACCACGGCCUCGGAGGAAGCAUUUUAGCUUCUGGUUAAAACCUAAAGGUGAAGAUGGGUUCCCAAGCGCUUCAGAUAUUGCGGCAGGGUGUGUGGGCUUCCCUCACUGGAGGCUGGUAUGUGGACCCGCACCAGAGCACGUUCUCCAACUGCUUCCACCUCUACCUUUGGAUAUUUCUCCUGGCCUUUCCCUUUCUUCUGUACAUGGCUCUUCCUCCUAGCUUGGUGGUGGCAGGCGUGUACUCUGCGGUACUGGCAGUCUUUUUCACGGCCAUUAAGGUGGUGAACUUCAGGCUUCAUACUAUGUUCGACCUUGGAGAGAUUGUAGAGAAGAAGCAUGCCUCACUCACAGCAGAAGCGCCAAAGACAGAAGAAGGAGAUGAAGGUUCAGGUGCUCAUGAUGGGAAUCACCGCAGGGAUAGUCAUGUUGGUGUGGAGAUGACUGUGUUUCGGAAGGUCAACUCGACACCCCCUGUGCGCUGUAGCUCCCAGCACUCUCUGUAUGGAUUGAACCAGGUGUCGGAGUUUUUACCCCAGCUGGAGGAUACAGGGGGCACUAAGGAUAUCAAAGAGUUGAUGCGGGAGCAAGGAAGCAAUAAUAUGAUUGUUACGUCAGCUCACCGGGAGAUCUUACGCCAGAGGUCUCAGGACACCAUUAGGGCCCCCAGUGUGGUUCAGUCCUGCAUUGCUGCUGCUCUUGGAGGAGAUUUCCCCGGACUCAUGGGGGUGUCUGGUGGCUUUGAACCUGGAGUCUGCUUGUCUAUCCCCCCUUCACCCUCCAGUCAAGAAGAUGGAGGCGAGAGAGAACAGUUGCAGGAACUGAAGGAGUUACCAGAACAACUGUCUUUACAGAGUCCUGAGGACAAUGGGUUGGGGGCUUAUUCUCCCCUCGGGCCCUCUGCUGAAUCUGAGAGCCUGGGGCAUACUCCCCUCAGCCCCCUCAUAAAGAGCAGCUUAAGUGAGGAGCUGAGUGAAAAUCUGCUGGGUUUGGGCCUUGACCCCGUGGCGUUUGCACCUGGCACCGAGCACCCGGGCAGCCGCAGUGGAGUGGCUCUGGCUGCCGGGUCCACAGACAGCUGUUUCAGUGCGGGCGGAGCCACCACAGAUCGAGAGACGCUAAGCACGGUUAGCAGUUACCGCAGUGAAAAGACUGAUUCCACUCAGCUGGAAAGUCCUUCAUUCAGCCGGCCUGCAGACGGACAGGCUUAUGCCUCAGCACCAGCAAUAGGCUCCAAAUUCCCAAAACCCUCAGACGAUCCAGGAGGACAGGGUGGCAGUGAUACUGAUAAUCUGUCUGAUAGUGUGCUGCUGCGCUCGCCUUCCAAAGAAUUCUCCCACAGCCAGGGGCUAGACAGGACGCUUGUUGAAGGAGAGGAUUUGUCCCCAGUACCCUGUGAUAUUGCACACCACCGGCCUCUCCAGAACUCUUCCCCUUCGAGUAGUGGCCACUCAGAGGUUUGUGAUUUAGACAGAAAUAUCACUGUUCCUCCUCUUCCCCCUCCUCGGCAGGCCAAUUCAGUGGCCUCAGGGCUGGCCCUGGGUCUAGUUUGUUCUGAGCCUGCUCUGCCCAUAUCCUCGACCCCCUUUUUACUGUCUGACCAGUCUGCUCUGCAAGCCCAGCAGGUUGUGCGCCCCAAAGACUUGAAGCUGCUGCGGGCCAGCGGCAGUAGUGUGGGGCACAGGCCUGGCCGAAGGAAAGCUCCACGCAGGCGAGCCGGAGCAGGAAGUAGUAGUUUCGACUGCGGCUCUUACAGGCGUCACCACAAUCAUAGUCAACACAGAGAUUACAUCCCAGUGCGCAGCCGACUGGGGGCCAAGGCUUACAGUGAAAGUUUGUUUGAGGAUUCCAGCGACGAGGACGACGGCAGCGACAUGAGCGCUGGUUCCAGCCUGGGCUCUCAGCGCCGGUACAGCUCUGAUGACGACGAUGACGACGACGACGAUGAUGACGACUCAAGUUCCUCUACCUCCUGCUACUCCCCGGACCUCGCUAACACUGGCGUUACAUCCCCCGCUGCUACUCAACUGCCCACUCCGAGGGAGGGGGAUUUACCUGAAACUGCUGGCCCCUCGCAUUCUCGUGCUGCUCAGCGCUCUUCUAGCACUGCUAGUGCUAAGACUCAUGCCAGGGUGCUCAGUAUGGAUGGGGCAGGUGGAGGCCAGAACAACACUGUGGCUUUGCCUUCUACUCUGCUUACAAUGCCCUCCACCCCUGCACCUCGCACUCUCACCAUCUCUAAGUCUGAUCUGGAAGCCCACGCCAUCCAUACUGACGGCUUUCCUGGAACUCAUCAUCAUCACCAUCACCACCAUCAUCAUCGGCUAGAUUCUCUCGGAGGCUCGUGGACGGGUAACCAGAUGGGCUGGAGGGCUGAAGAGCUAGUAGAAGAAGGAGCUGUGGGAGGAGCCAUGGGUCCGGAGGAUGGGGGUAAACACGACUCAGUCAGCAGUGUGAAGAGGACCCAGGCCAUCCGCAGGAGACACAAUGCUGGGAGCAACCCUACACCGCCCCCCUCCACCAUGGGAUCCCCUCCCAGCCUUCAGGACCUCCAGCGGGCUCGGACCUCCUCUCAUUCGCGGACCCGCACUCUUCCCUCAGCCUUACAGUUCGCCUCCUCACUCCUACUGCCCCGCAGCGGCAUCCAUGAGGCCUCCACCUUCGACGACACAACAGAGGGGGCCGUGCACUAUUUCUACGACGAAGGUGGAGUGAAGAGGUCCUACACAUUUGGACCAGCUGGAGGUGGUUAUGAGGACCCAGUCCAGGAGAGGGAGAGAGAGAGGGAGAGAGAGAGGGAGAGACAGUCCCAGUCGUCAAGCUUCACCUCCACUGAGGUCCAGGAAGGGGCUCCAGCCCUGUCCAUGCUCCAGCCCAGACCUGUGGUGUUACAGGGCAUGCAGGUGCGCAGGGUGCCUCUGGAAAUGCCUGAGUUUGAUCUGGAUCAUGAGUCCCUACAAGAGUCCCAGGAAAACACUCUAAUGAUUGAGGAGAAAGCCAAACCCAAACAGUACUAUCGCUUCUGGGUGCUGCCCAGAAAGUGGCUGAGGGUUCGAUACGACCGAUUAGCUCUCCUGGCGUUGUUGGACAGGAACCGGCGUGUGGCAGAGAACGUGUUUGCUGUGGUGCUGGCCAGUCUGGUGGCCUUCUUAGGGUUCCUACUGCUGUUCCAGGGCUUUUUCAGGGACAUCUGGGUCUUCCAGUUCUGCCUGGUCAUUGCCAGCUGCCAGUACUCUUUACUGAAGAGCGUACAACCAGAUGCAGCUUCUCCCAUGCAUGGCCAUAACUGGAUCAUCGUGUACAGUCGGCCGGUCUACUUCUGCCUGUGCUGUGUGCUGAUCUGGAUCUUUGACCAAUCAGGGCGCUUUGGCAACCUGCAACCCUUCUCUCUCUACGGAGUCACCUUCUUCUCUGCACACUUCCUGCUCUGCAUCAGGGACAUGCUCAUUGUGUUUGCCUUGUGUUUCCCGGUCAUUUUCCUGUUUGGGUUGCUGCCUCAGGUCAACACGUUUGUGAUGUGUCUGCUGGAGCAGAUUGACAUGCACAUUUUUGGUGGAACUGCCACUACCAGCCCCCUCUCCUCUCUGUUCAGCCUCAUGCGCAGCCUGCUGGGGGCUGCUCUGCUCUAUGGAUUUUGCCUCGGUGCUAUCAAUGCACCCUGGGGGGACGCCCAUGUGCCAGUACUGUUCUCUGUGUUUUGUGGCCUGCUCCUGGCCCUAUCUUACCACCUCAGCCGCCAAAGCAGCGACCCCACCCUCCUCUGGUCACUAGUCCGGUCUAAAUUAUUCCCUGAGCUGGAGAACCGAACCCCAGAAGAGCCCCCUGAGGAGAUCAAGGACCCUCUUCCUGAGAAGCUGCGUAACUCUGUGAAAGAGAUUCUUCAUUCAGACCUCGUCAUGUGUCUCCUCAUGGCUGUGAUCACCUUCGCCAUCAGUGCCAGCACAGUGUUCAUCGCUCUUCAACCGGCUCUUAGCGUUGUCUUGUACAUCCUGGCAGGAGUGGUAGGCUUCAUUACUCACUAUCUCCUGCCUCAGCUCCGCAAGCAGCUGCCGUGGUUCUGCCUGGCUCACCCUGUGCUCCGCUCCAGAGAGUACAGUCAGUUUGAAGUCCGAGAUGCUGCCCAGUUGAUGUGGUUUGAGAAGCUGUAUGCCUGGCUUCAGUGUGUGGAGAAAUAUGUCAUCUACCCAGCUGUGGUGCUUAACUCCCUGACGACAGAAGCUCGAGCUGUGGGCCAGAACCACAAAGAGCUGGACAUCUACAGUCGAGCUCUCUUCAUCUCAGUUGCCGGCAUGAAGCUGAUGCGCUCGUCGUUCUGCGCCCCGUCGCAGCAGUACGUCACGCUGUGCUUCACCACACUGUUCUUCCGAUUCGACUAUCCACACUUCUCAGAGACCUUCCUAAUCGACUACUACUUCAUGUCCAUUCUCUUCAGCAAGAUGUGGGACCUGCUGUACAAGCUGCGCUUCGUGUUGACCUACAUCGCGCCCUGGCAGAUCACCUGGGGCUCAGCCUUCCACGCCUUCGCACAACCCUUCGCCGUUCCCCACUCUGCUGUGCUUUUUGUUCAGGCCAUCUUUUCUGCCAUCUUUUCCACUCCUCUGAAUCCUGUCCUGGGCAGUGCCGUGUUCGUCACCUCGUACACCAGACCUGUCAAAUUCUGGGAGAGAGACUACAACACCAAGCGCGUGGAUCAUUCCAACACCAGACUUGCCACUCAGUUAGAUCGCAACCCAGGUGCUGAUGACAACAAUCUGAACUCGAUUUUCUACGAGCACCUGACGCGCUCCCUGCAGCACAGCCUGUGUGGAGACCUGCUGCUCGGCCGCUGGGGGAACUACACCACAGGCGACUGCUUCAUCCUCGCCUCAGACUACCUCAACGCUCUGGUGCACAUCAUCGAGAUCGGAAACGGCCUGAUCACCUUCCAACUGAGAGGGCUCGAGUUCAGAGGUACCUACUGUCAGCAGAGGGAGGUGGAGGCCAUCACAGAGGGUGUGGAGGAGGACGAGGGCUGCUGCUGCUGUGAACCCGGUCACCUUCCCCACAUGUUGUCCUUCAAUGCGGCCUUUGGACAGCGCUGGCUCGCCUGGGAGGUCGCCGCCACCAAGUACGUGCUAGAGGGCUACAGCAUCAGCGACAACAAUGCUGCCUCCAUGCUGCAAGUGUUCGACCUUCGUAAGAUCCUCAUCACAUACUAUGUCAAGAGCAUCAUCUACUAUGUGAGUCGCUCUGCUAAGAUGGAAGAGUGGCUGACCAAUGAGACGGUUCAGGAGGCUCUGCGGCCGUGUCUCGGCCCCAACUACGUGGACAGUGACCCCACCUUCAACCUGAACAUCGAUGAGGACUACGACCACCGGGCCUCUGGCAUCACCCUCUCCUCAUUCUGCAUGGUUUACCUGGACUGGAUUCAGUACUGCAACAGCAGGCGGCAAACGCCGGUGACUUGUGAAAGAGAUUCUCCACUCGUCAACCUCUGUUUUGGACUGUGUAUCCUGGGAAGACGAGCUCUGGGCACGGCUUCCCACAGCAUGUCUGCAAGCUUGGAGCCAUUUCUCUACGGCCUCCAUGCACUCUUCAAGGGAGACUUUCGCAUCACGUCUCCCAGGGAUGAAUGGGUGUUUGCAGAUAUGGACCUGCUGAACCGAGUCGUGGCUCCAGGAGUGCGCAUGUCCCUCAAACUACAUCAGGACCACUUCACAUCACCAGAUGAGUAUGAGGACCCUAUGGUUCUAUAUGACGCCAUCACUGCCAACGAGGAGAAGAUGUUGAUAUCUCACGAGGGCGACCCCGUGUGGCGCAGCGCCAUUUUAGCAAACAUGCCUUCACUGCUCGCACUGCGCCACAUCAUGGAUGACGGCAGCGACGAGUACAAGAUCAUCAUGCUCAACAAGAGGUUCCUCAGCUUCAGAGUCAUCAAGGUGAACAGAGAGUGUGUGCGGGGGCUGUGGGCGGGGCAGCAGCAGGAGCUGGUCUUCCUGCGCAACCGUAACCCAGAGCGCGGCAGCAUUCAGAACGCCAAGCAGGCCCUGAGGAAUAUGAUCAACUCCUCCUGCGACCAGCCCAUCGGAUAUCCCAUCUACGUGUCCCCCCUCACCACCUCGUACGCCGGGGGGCACAGCCAGCUGCGCUCUGUGUGGGGGGGGCCUGUCAGCCCACACAACAUUUACACCUGGCUCAUCAGCAGCUGGGACAGGCUACAGAAGGGUUGUGGUGCGGGCUGUAACAGCGGAGGUAACAUCGAGGACUCGGACUGCGGGGGGGGCUCCACCUCCAUCUCCACCAACCCAGCAGUCCACACCACCCACAGCACCCCCGCCUCCAGCCUGCCCCAGCCGCACAUCACUAAUCUCCAGCCUUUCAUGGGUACAGACAACCCUGUAGGUCCAACCCAGAGCUGGCCUCGCCACCCCCAGCCCCUCCCACUAGCUCUGCUCAGCCAAUCAGAGGGCAGGAUGGAGGCAGGCCUGCUCAGCUCCUUGCAGCGAACGUCCUCCAUCCAGGGGCUCCUGGGCCACCAGCUGUCCAGCUCCCAGCUGUCCUUCAGCAGCUCUCUGCUCCCCCCCCCUCUGCCCGGCCCGGAGCGCUUCUGCGUCCCGAGCCUCCUGGAGACCUCGGGCCACAGAGCGGGUCAGCGGGCCGGCUUCGGGCCGGGCGGGGGGCUUCACUACGAGAGCCACUUCGGCAAGUGGAGCUUCUCAGGCAGGAAGGGCUUCACCGGACCAGCUGCAGUGGAGGGGGAGGCCCUGACAGUUCAGACCCUACGCACACAGCCCCUCCCCCCUGCACCCCUGCAAGAGCUCAGUCUGAGCCAGGACCCUCUGGGAGCCACUCAGACGAUGGACCCCACCCUGCUGAAUGCAGCGGACCCCCCCACCCCCCGAGAGGAAUCCACAGAGCUGCCUUUACUCGAGCACCUGCGCUGAGUCUGCACUGGGACACCCCCCCCCCCCCCCCAGCACACCGUGGGGAUCUGGACCGGGCCCGCCCCCCAGACUCAUCCCAUCGACUCGUUUAUCUGACUGAGUGCAGCCUGACGGAGCUCUGCACCACAGGAGGGAUGCAGUCAG